AUGGAAGGAGGAACAAGCAUUUUGACGCUGUUGGUGUGCAUAGCAUUAACCAAACCCAGCUUUGGGGUCUUUGGGGAAGAAAUGUUUAAGAGAGAGCACAGUCCAGUCGGUUUUAAAGUUGGGAUAUCAGAUGAUGAAAUCUUUAAAACGCUGCUGAAAAAAAUUUUGCAAUAUGCAAAUAGCGGGGAUUAUAAAAUAUUGUUUCAAAUGAAUGUUCAAGGGGUUUCACGAACGUGUCGCGUACGAAAAGAAUUCCUCACGGGUCUGACGAAAGAAGAGAAAGCGCACUUUGUAAACACUGUCAAAACUGCAGCCUCUACCGAACCAUAUAAAACUAGAUACGAAAACCUGCUAACUAUCCAUAAAAGACUUUUUUACCGUGGUAUUCACACGCAAAAAUAUUUUCUACCCUGGCAUCGCUGGUUUUUAGUUGAAUAUGAAAAUAUUCUACGUGAAAUCGACAGCGACAUUACCGUUCCGUACUGGGAUUGGAGUCUCGUGGCCAACGAAAUUUUCGACAAUGAUUUCUGGGCGACAGACGAGAGUGGUUUUGGUGAAGAUGGCGACCCUGCGAAGUCCAGUUGUGUCCAAACGGGUCCUUUUCGAAGGGGCGAGUUUUCGCUAAUUCAGUCUGCCGGGGGAGGCUGUCUCACACGCAAUUUUAACGGGCGAGUCCAGGACGCUGUUCAAGUUCAGAGACUGCUCAGUUACUCUGCUAAAGAAUUUUUUUAUUUUGAGGAACAAUUACGUGUGGACUUCCACGACAAUUUUCAUUGCUGCAUAGAAGGUACGAUGUGUAGCACUGAUGCUGCCUCGGCACCAGAGUUCUUCGAGCACCACGGUUUCAUUGACAAAAUCUGGUCCGACUGGCAGGAGAAGGGAAAUGAUUACCAGUUCAGUUCGCUUUUCAUGGGAAUAGAUGCGAAAAUGCUUGCAACAGCCUAUCUACCUCGUGAUUAUUUGGACCUAAAACAUAUGCCUGGUGGAGUCUGUGUGAAAUAUGAGGACCCAAGAAGAGUGGUAUUCGAAAACCUGAAAGGUUUGUCAUUUGAAGAACUUAAAAACAUCCCAAGUCAGCCUCUGCCUGAGAUCGCGCGUAAGGCGAUGGAAUUGUUCAAUGUACCUCGCAGUGUCGUUGUCAGAGUUUCUAAUCUUCGGGAACGAUUCCAACCAAACCGAGUCGUACAAAAUAGCAAAUUGAAAGGUCUCGAUGGUGUAUUCGGCUUCGAACUCAGUGCCGUCGAAAAGGUCAAAGCGACAAAGACACGUCUGGAAAGCGACAUGGUUGAGUCUAGCAGUGACAGUUCAGAAAUAACACAGUAGAAUGAUUGA